AUGGCGGCUGCAUUUCUGCCGCAAAUGCUCUGGGGAUGGGCGGGCGCAUCGUCACACAUGACGGAGGACCCUGGCGACCAAAUCGAAGCAGCCGAUACAGCCGCACCCCGUCGCCAUCCCUGGUGCCUGCAUUUUGCGUCGGUGGAUUCCUCCGAGAAUUCGCCAGGGCCCAGCGCACUGCAGCUAUCGCCCGCGUCGCGUGCGGCGCGGUUCUGCCGGGUGCCAGUGCUGUUCAGCCAGCCGUUUAAUCGCGGUCGUUCGCGUAGCCAGACGGAUAGCGCAUCCGCCAUCCGCAUCCGCACCCGCAUCCGCCGCGUCGACCAGCGUGAGCGUCGACCAUACGCAGUACUGUUGCACACCGUCGGCCCCGAUACGAUCAUCGCGCGUCGGCACGGUUUUACUAUCACACAGGGAGUCAGGACGUCCAGAUGCGCGCGACGAGCCCCCGCACGCGCGGGUGCGGGUGUGCGUGACCUCGCUGCUGGCAUGGAGACUGUGGCGGAUCCGCGCCUGCUCGAGUGGUACGGACGACGGACGUGCGGCCCUGCUGCGCCGCGGCAGUUGCUGCGAAGUGCACGGACGCCGACGUCCAGACGCGACACGCAAAAAAGCCACCGCGCCCUCUGCACUGGCCCUUACACGUCGGGCAGAACGAGCCGCCUCUCGAGCACGAACAAGCACGCACACACCGGGCUAGGGCUCACGGUGCACAGCUGCGGACGAGAAGACCGUCCAGAUGCAUCGUGGCUCUCGCGGGCCUGCUGCGAUCGACCAUCCGCGCUCGGCGCUGGCGUCAGCGCGAGCAACUGCGUCAAAACGUUCGCCAAGGUGAAUGGCGCGCCUGGCCUGCGCCGCGCGCUCGACCAUUCAACAUGCAAAUGGAGCGCCGCAUUAGCGGCGGACGAUGCGCGCCUGUUGCCAUCGGUGACUGUGAGGCCCGACUGGAGGCAGCGCCUAUGGGCCGCCCCCGCGCUGGGCGUCUUCGAAUUCGUAGUGUCCUAUUAUGGACGGCGUCAAGACCUACGCUGCCUUCUUGGUGCACCGGGACAGAGGCGAGGACAGCCUCCCCCAAUGCGGGCACGGCGCCUUGCACGGGAUGUAGCGGUGGCGCCUGUCAAACUAGCUGUAUGGCAAGAAGAGCAGAUCCCGCCGCAGAUCACCACCGCGAACACGCUCGAGCCACAGCGAAUGGACAGCGACACCCAUUUCUGGAUGGGCGGUUUCUGCUCACAGCUCAGGCUUCUCUUCUUCUCUGCAUACAGGGAUAUCAUCCUGCACGAAUGCAAUACGCCGCCUAGACCCUUGAUCCUGUUAUUCAUGUGUGGUACGACGCCUGCGGACGCAAUUUCGUCCGGGCCUCCUUGUUGCACUAACCUAGGCCAGUCUGCGGUCAGCGCCGCUCCUAGCGCAGAUGACCUCCCUGCGAACCUAUUAUACGUCUUUGUCAACUCGCGCCACUACCGCGGGAGCGCGUUCCCGCCAUCCUGUAUCUGUACACCACCAGAUUGGCGCAGCUGCUCUGUAGGGCUUUCCGUCCCACCCGCCCCGAUCACCUCUGUGGCACCCGUCUGA